AUGGCAACCUGGGGUGGAAAGGGCGAGACGGAAGGAGGUGGCAGUGCGACGGCGGUGGCGGCGACGGCGGUGGCGGCAGCGACGACGACGACCGAGGCAGAGGCGAGCGGCGGGACGGACGAUGCGCGGUGGGCUUGGGGCGAGUUCUGCAAGCUCGUGGCGCGUGCGCCGGGAGACAAGGCGGUGGUCAAGGCCUUUGCGGGCUUGCCCGGGGCAGAGACGCUUUACUUUCGAUCCGGAAAGGCGCUGUAUCUCCUGCUGCUUAAGUACUCGGUCAUCGGCUACGUGGAGGACGAGGCAAGCGGCGGUCUGCUCGACACGCGUGCUCUGUUUGGUAUCGGAUCAGCGGCGCCGGUCCGCGAGGGCGUGCUCAGCAUUGUUGGGUUGGAGCGGCUGACCAACGUGCAGAUGGCCAUGGCCACCGUGCUCGCCGAGAAGGUGCCCGGCGAUGUGCUCGAGGCUGGCGUCUGGCGCGGUGGCGUGCUUGUGGUCAUGGCAGGCAUGUUGCACAUAUCUGGCGCCGCCGCCGCGGGCCGCACCAUCUAUGGCGCAGACUCGUUUGCAGGCCUGCCUGAUGUUGGCAGCUCAUCGAAUCCCGAUGAGAGCUCGCGAUUUGCUGCUGGCGACUUUGCGGUGAGCAAAGAGGAGGUCGAGAGCAUCUUAUCUGCCUAUGGCCUCGCCGAGCGGGUCACCCUUGUGGAAGGCUGGUUUGAGGAGAGUCUUCCACCGCUGGCCGAGGUAGGCCUGCAGCUGGCUCUUCUCCGCGUCGACGGCGAUCUGUACGCCUCGACAUGGACCGUCCUCACCACGCUCUACGACGCCGUCGUUCCUGGCGGCUUUGUCAUCAUUGACGACUACGGCGCGCUAGCCUGUUGCCGCGCUGCCGUCGAUGCCUUUCGACGCCAGCGCGGCAUUGUCACGCCGCUCAUCUGGGUCGACCUCUCGGCAGUGUACUGGCGCAAGGAGCGACACCUUGCUUGGGCAGGACUAGCAGAGAGCUCAUAACUUUGUCCCUUCCCCAAACC